AUGGCUCACCAAAUGGACGGGAGAUUGCUAGCUUACUUUCAUGCGUCUCAUUUGGCUAAUAUUGCUGGUCUCCCACCACCAGUGGAAAGGAACCCUCUUGAAAAGGCAGAGAUGCCCAUAUAUAAAAGGAAGGCAAAGUUAGAGAGUGAUGUUACUGUUGCAUGCGGUUGCUUUUCUUAG